GCUUCCCUCGGCCUAUGACAGAACAACACGGGCAUGGAGGGUGGAGACGUGACAAAAGAAAAAGCUAGAAAAAGUGAUGAGUGUUAUUGUUGGGAGGACAACUUUAACGCGCGUCUGCCGCCAAUUGAACUAGGAAAGAGCUCGAGUCACGUGACGGCCAACCCGGAAAUGCAGCAACUGCACGCAAAGGGCGACGCACGGCGAACUUUUUGAACUUUAAAAGAAAGCAAAAAAGUGUACUUUUAUCAGUGCUUAUGUUCAAACUGCAGCCAAAGUUGGACUUUCGCAGAGAUGUGGAGGCUCACGUCCUCGGGAAGGAGGCGGCGGUGUGCGGGGUGAAAGACUAUUGUGGUGCAUUGGAUCUUUUCAUCAUCAACAUUGAGCGUGAUGGGGGAAUCAUUUACUCCUGGAAGGGGUCAACUGGGACCACCAGAGUUGGCAAGUAUGACUCAGCCACCAAGCAGAAUAAGCUCCUGUACACCUUUGACAAGCCAGUGUGUGUCAGCAGCUGCUCCCUAAACAAGGAGGAGACAUUAUUAGCUGUCAGUUUGGCACAGAACAACAGCGGCGAGGAGCCCCUCAAACCAAUGUCCAAGUGCCUGACGCUCCUGAUUGAGAUCCAUCCCAUCAACAACACCAAGGUGCUCAAGGCGGUGGACUGCAGGGUCAAAGUGCAGUUCCUUCAUCCGGGAACUGACCACAGAUCAGUGCUGGAGAGCCACCUGCUGCUGCUGACUGAAGACGGAUAUGUGGACCAGUACCAUGUUCUGAUGACCAGACAUGGAGGCUACAAAGUGCUGAUGGCCAAUCCUGAGCGUCUGUCCAAAACAGCGGAGCGUCUUGCGGAGGACUUGUGCUGGGUCCAAUGGGACGUUCACACGCAGAGACUCUACUAUCUCACCCACCUGGACAAGUUCCUGCUGCGGUGUGUGCAGUUCUACGACAACCGCAACUGUGAAACUGUGCUGGAGCUUCCAUUAGAGCUGCAUGCCAAUCCCUUCACCAGCAUCAAGUUCGUCAACCUUGGUUUUGACCACUUUUACGUGGAGAGGCCAGAGCCAGUCAAGAUGGAAGUAUUCACAAACAGAAUAGGAAGCAUGUGCGUGUGCUACAGCCGGCCUUCUUGCGACAAACCAGAGAUGAUCUACACGGUGGUUUUAGUGCACAAAGACUGCAGCAAGACUUUCCGGAUGACUUUGGGCGACACCACCCGGCGACAUCCGCUCUUCAUCCCCAUAGGCUACUACAUGGUGGUGUAUCUGCACGCCUGCUUCCUGCACUGCAUCAACACCAGGCAGCAGGAGAUGCUCUGCCACUCCCUAUUCCUGUCUGGCAACAAUGCAGACUUAGGCCUCCCGUCCAAGUCCGGAAGGUUGACAGUGAUGCACGCAGAGGAGGAGGAGUCCAGCGCAGACUUGUUGGACCUAUCCAGCGGGACUAUUUACAGUGUCCAGAUCAACCCGGCUUAUUUGAUGCAGAUCCUUCGAUCGGAUCCGCCUUUCAGCAGUAUGGCUGACGCCCAGCGUUUAGCUGCCCUUCACUGCCUGCUUCUUCACAAGGGAAGUGACCCAAACGUAGAGCUGGAGAUUAUUGAAUGGCUGUGUGACAACGCAACACUGGAGUCCUUUGACCAGAUCCAGGAGUUCAUACUCGCGUCCUUGUACAGAAUAAACUACAAGAUGUCCCUCGGUCUGGAUAAGUUGCUGCCUUGCUCCUCCGUGUUCGAUAAGAAGGACGUCCCUGCUUGUCUGACGGAGGUUCCCGGUGUGUUGUGCACCGCCGAGCCGCACGCACAUCCCGUCUUCCAGGGAAAGGCAAGGAGCCUCCAGGGCUUCUGGUCCGAGCUGCAGUGGAACACGGAGAGGACCACAUUUUUCCACGCCGACCCCAACCCGAGAUACAGGACUUCGCAGGCUCAGGCCGACUGGACAAAACUGGUCACUGCCAGACCGUCCGGUCACAUGAAUCACCUGUUGGACAACACUAAGAAAGUCCUUUCCACGGUGGACAACUGGCGUCACGGCGGGAAGCUGCUGACACUUUUCCAGGAGGAGGACCACCAGCAGAAGGUGCUCAUCGGCCUGACGGUGGAGAAGCUGCGAGAGCAUCUGAACACACACCUGCCUCGACUGGGCAAGAAGAAGAUAGACGUCCUGGUGGUCAACUACGUAGCCAAACUGUUGGAGCUGAUCAGACACAUGCUGGAGACAGUCUGGCUGAAACACAGCCUGGGUCCGUGUGUUCUGUGCCUCACACAGCCGGCCGGUCCUGGCGAGUGGGCCGUGUUUCACUUCAUGCUUCGGACCCUGCAAGCCACCAGGGGGCUCUGCACGCCCCUCCCACCUGGUUAUCACACCCUGCUAGCGGCGUUUGCCGUGCGCUGCCUGCCUCCUCACACUUUCCUGCAGUAUGUCGACCACGGAUUUCUCCGGCUUACAGAGACAUUUGUGUCUCGACUCAUGACAGAUUUUGACAACAGCGACGCCAAUGAGAAGCUGAAGUUCAGUGUAUUGAAGAGACUUCCUGAGGCCAACAGAUUCUACCACAUGUGGGAUCAUCCUGUCAGUUCGGCUUCCAUCUGCAGGGAUUAUGUCAGGAAUGUGUUGGGGAGACGCGACAGAAACAAGGGAUUUGCCUUCAGCGGCAGAGACAAAGCCGGCUUCAGACCAGAGUUUCUCCCUCUCACACACCUGGCCAAAGUCCUGUCAGAUGCAGAAGAACAAGCUCUGAACCCCUUCGACGAACAAGAGAACGUGGACGCCACGUUUGUGGGGGAGACGGCUCUGAAGCAGACACUCAUUGUGCUGGGGUUUGAGGGAAAAUGACAAGGAUGUGACAGACGGAGAAUGUUGGAAGACAAGGGAAGGCUUAAGAGACUUUUUUUGGGGGGGGGGAAAGGGAACAACUUUUUUAGACUUUAAUUUAAGCCAGGGAAGUGAAAAUCAAAAAGUGAACAGUUUUCUAUGCAGUUAUACAGAACCUAAACUGCCACACACUCUUUGGUUUCACAGCUGACCUGGGUGUUCCUCCGGUGGAACUGGAAAAUGGGUGGAGGCCGGGAAGUCUGGGCUUCACUACUUAUAAGUGGAAGAAAAUUGAUGGUUAUUGUUUUCAUCAAGAGUUCUUAACCUUUUUUGACCUCGGGGCCCAACUUUUCCACUCAGAUGUUAACACAGAAAUAAUACUCUUGAUUUGAAUUGUAUUGAAUAAGUAUAUCUAACCUACUUACACUUUACAACCUUGUCAAAUGAUAUGAAACCAUGUGUUCAUCACAAAGAUGAUUAUUUAUUUAGCACACAAAGCCAAUUAGAAAACAAAAGUACUCACCAAGUAUACUGCAUACGAAGGUACUCAUAAACUGAUGAAAAAUACAUUUACAUGCAAUUAUGUUGUGCUCAAAUAAAAUAACAAAUACAAAAUGAAUAAUGAAUAUCUUAAAGUACCAGUAGAGUGGAAAACAAGUUGAUGCUUAUUUAUGUUUCAUUGAAUCCAGUAAACCAGGGUUAGUAUUUGUAUUUACAAUCCGCAAAGUACCGUAUUAUUCCAAACUAUAAGUCGCAGUUUUUUUCAUAGUUGCGAUUUCUACUCAGGAGCGACUGAUGUGUGAAAUUAUUAACACAUUACCGUAAAAUAUCACUUAAUAUUAAUUAGCUCAUUCCUGUAAGAGACUAGACG